GGAAGCACAGACCUCAUUUCAAAGCUGGUCCUGUACCUCCUAGCAGCCACAACACUACUCAGAAAUUCAGUGCCUGCGCACUCUCUCCCUCAACCACUAAACUUCAAGACUUACAAACUCUUACUCAAUUCUUUCCCCCUAUUCUCUUUGGGAAUAGGGUAUUUUCUCCCCACUUUUCUUUUCUCCCCUCCCCCAUCCCCAUUUCUCCCAUCCCCAUUUCUCCCCUCCCCCACCUUCUUGCUUUCCCCCCUUUCCUCCUCUUUUCUCUCUUUGGAGAAUUUCAUGUUCUUUUAGCUGCUUUCUGGGAUACAGAGGACCUGUACCUCCCACCACAAACAGCUGAAUUCCACUUUUGUGUUUGUUUUUUCUUCUUGAUUUUCUUCUGAUUUAUCUGGGAAGUCUGAUGUUUCUGCCUGAGAGAAGGGAAAUGAAUACAUGCUGGUGAGAACUGAGAGCAGCAGCAGCAGCCGCCCCAGCAGUGACUUCUGUGAAAAGCCGGUAGGACAUUAGUAGGGGAAUCUGAUCCAAGAAAGGCUGGAAGACUGCUCAGAGGGAAGAAACUCCUCUGAUCAUUGAGAAGAGAGAAAAGAAGAGGCAAAGAGUUUCACCGCCUCCUUUAGCUUUUCUAGUCUCUCUGUCCUAUUCUACCGGGAUUAUGGUUGACUGCAGCUCUGGAGAGAUGCUGCUACUACUUCUGUUUGCCAUGGCAGGCAUCUUCCUUAGCCAGGUGCCGGGAGUGCAGAGUGCAGCCUGUGAACCUGUGCGUAUUCCCCUGUGCAAGUCCCUACCCUGGAACAUGACGAAGAUGCCCAACCACCUGCACCAUAGCACCCAGGCGAAUGCCAUCUUGGCCAUCGAACAAUUUGAAGGCCUGCUGGGAACCCGAUGCAGCCCAGACCUGCUCUUCUUCCUCUGUGCCAUGUAUGCGCCUAUCUGUACUAUUGACUUCCAGCAUGAGCCCAUCAAGCCUUGCAAGUCUGUGUGUGAGAGAGCUCGGCAGGGGUGUGAGCCCGUCCUCAUCAAAUACCGCCACUCGUGGCCAGAGAGCUUGGCCUGUGAAGAACUGCCGGUCUAUGAUAGAGGUGUCUGCAUCUCUCCUGAGGCCAUAGUCACUGCUGAUGGAGCUGAUUUUCCUAUGGAUUCAAGCAAUGGAAACUGUAGAGGUGCCAGCAGUGAACGCUGCAAAUGUAAGCCUGUAAGAGCCACACAGAAGACCUAUUUCCGGAACAAUUAUAACUAUGUUAUUCGGGCAAAAGUGAAGGAAGUAAAGACCAAGUGCCAUGAUGUCACUGCAGUAGUGGAAGUAAAAGAGAUUCUGAAAUCUUCUUUAGUGAACAUCCCAAGGGACACAAUUAAUCUUUACACAAAUUCAGGUUGCUUAUGCCCUCCACUCAGUGUUAAUGAGGAAUAUCUCAUCAUGGGCUAUGAAGAUGAAGAACGCUCUAGGUUGCUCUUGGUGGAAGGUUCAAUAGCUGAGAAAUGGAAGGAUCGUCUUGGUAAAAAAGUUAAGCGUUGGGAUCUGAAGCUCCGUCACAUUGGGUUAAGCAAAACUGAAUCUGGUCAAAGUGAUUCCACACAGAAGUCUGGCAGGAACAAUAAUCAGCGGCAAGCACGCAACUGAAUGUGAAACGAGAAACGUGAAAACCAAUGGACUCCCUUGUAAGACUUGCAUUGUUGGAGCAGCAAAGGAAAAAUUGCACUAUUGCACGUUAUACUCAAUUGUUUACUACAAAAUCAAAUUGUAACUGAUAUUAGUCUUAUUUUCCUUUCUGUUUUCUGCUUUUUUUUGGUCUGGGUACAAAAUGUUAAAAAUAUAUAAAUAUAUAUAUUCUAUUUCACUAAUCAUGGAGAAAAUGUCCCCAAUGAGCUGAAAAAACUAAUCCUAGGAUAUUUACUGCAGUUCAUAGCAACCAGACUGGGGCAUCUGGAUUUGCCAAUGAUGUUUUAAGGACAAAGAGAUGUUUGCCACAUACAGAGGGAUGGGAUCUGGUGUUAAGUAGACUCUGACAGACUGAUGCAAUCUCACUUUUAAUUGUUUUUAUCCCUCCUCAUACGCAGGAAAAAUUUGCAGUUUAAAAUAUAUAUAAUGGCAGUUGGAUAGCAAAUGAUUGUGUAGACAGCGUAGUCAAACAUAGAAAAAAACUUUUAAGAAAACAUGAAGGAAGAAUUAUUCUCUAGAUUAGUGAGAAGCAAAAUUAAUAGCUUUAGAAUCUGAGGGAAAAGCAUUUGUUCUGAUGGAAAAGCACAAUUUUAACUGGUAGCUGUUGGUGUUAACAGUAGCAUUUUCCUUUUGGCAACAGAAUUGUCUUAAUCAACAUUAGGGAGUGAAUUAUAAUCAGACAUCUGUUGUUAUCAGUGUAGCUCUGUUUAAUUUGUUUCCUUUCUAAUAAACCACUGGUGUAAGUCUUUUUUCCCUUCUGAAAUAUAAGCCUGAUUUACUGUAUCAACCAGAACAAAAAUGGAAAGCAGUAUGGACAUAUAUGCAUCCAUAUGUUGUUUUUAAAUGGCUUAACCAUUCUGCAAAAUGUUAGGUAGCUGAACUGCUAAGAGAAUUUAGAGUGUUAUUAGUUUUCUGAUAGCUCCAAUCACCUUGCCCAAGUUAUGUCUUUGGUCUCUGAGUCUGUCAGGCUGACAACUGGCUGCAUCUACUUAAGAAUUUCUUGACUUCCAUUGCAGCUUGGCUUCCAUCUGGGCAGGAACAUCACUUCCUGUGUGCUGAUUUUGGGGGUUCUGUAUUUGGGGUUGUGUGUGUGUGUGUGUGUGUGUGUGUGUGUGUAGCAUGUGAUGUGUUGCAGAUGACUGAAUUACCAGACCUGUCUCUUGGUGCCGGUCUGCACUUUAUCAUUUGGAUUUUGUGGGGGGUGUUUUUAUGUCUAUUCCUACAUAAAUAGCCAUGUUUAAUGCUCAGUAAAUGUCUAAUAAAAAGGAUGAUAGCUAUCUAGAGAGAAGAUAUUCUGAGUUUUGAACUUAAUACAUAUUUCAUUACCUACAAUGCAUUUUGAUCUCUAAAGUAUACUUUGAAAAGUGAUGCCUUCACUUCCUUCUUCAAAUAGGAUGUUUUAGAGCCUGUGUUAGUCAUUUGGAAGUCCAUUGAUUUUCCUCUAUUGACAUAUCAUAUUAGUAGAAAACCCAACUUUUGAGUUAUGAUAUAUGAAAAAUAAAACACUUA